AUGAAUGUGAAAAAGCUUACACAUAUACCAAUUAUCUUUGCAGCCAUGAAAAACCACAUACUAGUGAGAUCCCCUAUGAAUGUAAUCAGUGUGCCCUAUGAAUGUAACCAAUGUGGCAAAGCCUUUUCACAUCCCAGUAGUCUCCAAAGUCAUAAAAGAACACAUACUGGAAAGCAGCCCUAUGAAUGUAAUCAAUGUGAUAAAGCCUUUGCACAUUCCUUUGCACGAUGUUGUGAUCUCCAGAAGCAUAAAAGAAUUCAUAGUGCAGAGAAACCCUAUGAAUGUAAUCAAUGUGGCAAAGCAUUUUCACAUUGCAGUAACCUCCAAAGGCAUGAAAUAAUUCAUACUGGAGAAAAACCCUACAAAUGUAAUCAAUGUGAUAAAGCCUUUACACAUCCCAAUAAUCUUCUGGUGCAUGAAAGCAGUCAUACUGGAGAGAAACCCUUUAAAUGCACUCUAUGUGGUAAAGCCUUCCCCUAUACCACUGAUCUCAUAGGGCAUAAAAGAACACACGCAGGAGAGAAGCCUUACAAAUGUAAUCAAUGUGGUAAAGCCUUUGCAAAAAACAGUCACCUCAUAAGCCAUAGAAGAAAACAUACUGGAGAGAAACCUUAUGAAUGUCACCAGUGUGGUAAAGCCUUUGCACGAAACAGUCAUCUCAUAAGGCAUAAAAGAACACACACUGGAGAGAAACCUUACGAAUGUAAUGAGUGUGGCAAAGCCUUUGCAGAAAACAGUCAUCUCAUAAGCCAUAAAAGAACACACACUGGAGAGAAAUCUUAUGAAUGUGACGAGUGUGGUAAAGCCUUUGCAGAAAACAGUGCUCUCAUAAGCCAUAAAAGAAUACAUACUGGAGAGAAACCUUAUGAAUGUAACCAGUGUGGUAAAGCCUUUGCACAAAACAGUGCUCUCAUAAGCCAUAAAAGAACACACACUGGAGAGAAACCUUAUGAAUGUAACCAGUGUGGUAAAGCCUUUGCACAAAACAGUGCUCUCAUAAGCCAUAAAAGAAUACAUACUGGAGAAAAACCUUAUGAAUGUAACCAGUGUGGUAAUGCCUUUGCACAAAACAGUCAUCUCAUAAGCCAUAAAAGAACACACACUGGAGAGAAACCUUAUGAAUGUAACCAGUGUGGUAAAGCCUUUGCACAAAACAGUGCUCUCAUAAGACAUAAAAGAACACAUACUGGAAAG